AUGCAGGCGCGGCUGCUUUGGCUGGUGGCUCUCUGUGCGGCAGCGGCGCACGCUGCACGAAUUCUCGCUGUGCUGCCCACUAACACUAGAAGUCAUUAUGCUAUGUACGGUCGCCUCAUCGAAGCACUGGCCAAGAGACAACAUCAUGUAACAGUUUUGACCCAUUUUACUAGGAAACAUCAGCUAACAAAUAUAGAAGAGAUAAACCUAGCGGGAACAAUACCAGAGAUCACUAAUAACUUAACGAAGCAACACAACUCCUUAAAGCCUGAAUUUAUUCACAACUUGGAACAGAUUAUGAAGGAAUGUGUUCAGGCUUGUGAAAUAGUAUCACAGUUGCCUGCUGUGAAAGCUCUAAUAAAUUCUACGGCCACCUUCGACUUGGUCAUCAUUGAAGUGUUUGGAAGCGAAUGUUUCCUUCCUUUCGGUAGGAGGUUUCAAGCUCCCGUAGUCGGUAUUCUUUCAAGCGUGCCUCUACCCUGGGUCAAUGAACAACUGGGAAAUCCGGAAGCAACUGCCUACGUACCAGCUUAUAUGAUGAGUUAUGGACAGCAUAUGUCUCUUUGGGAACGAUUAGUCAACACGAUAGCUGUUUUGUGGGCCAAGUUUAUGUACAAGUACAAAUCACAAAUUCCUUCACAGGUGAUAGCGGAUCGUCUGUUUGGCCCGGGACCUAAGCUGGAGACGUUAGCUCAGAACUAUAGCCUGGUGUUGUCAAAUAGUCAUUUUAGUAUAAACGAAGUACGGCCAUUAGUUCCAGCUUUCGUUGAAGUUGGAGGGCUGCAUUUGGAUAAUUCGCAAACGUUGCCUGAGGAGUUGAAGUCACUGUUGGACGAGUCUUAUGAUGGCGUAAUAUACUGGAGUUUUGGCUCUAUGUCGAGAAUAGAAACAAUCGCGAACGAGAAGCUGGUGCAGAUAUUUAAGGUGAUAUCCGAACUAUCGCAGAUAGUGCUGGUGAAAAUGGACAGGAGGAUGCUUGCUAAAAACCUCACAGUUCCAGAUAAUGUGUACACAAUGGACUGGAUUCCGCAGUAUAAAACACUUUGUCACCCAAAUAUUAAAGUAUUCAUAUCACACGGUGGUCUACUCGGAACCCAAGAGGCAGUUGCAUGCGGGGUGCCCAUGCUAACCGUUCCUUUAUACGCUGACCAGGCUCUCAAUGGCCGAGCCAUGCAAGACCGCGGAGUUGCCCGCACCAUCACACUAAAGGAAACCAACAAAGAAACAUGGAGGGACGCCCUACACGAUUUACUUACGGAUCCUAAGUACAAGCAAAAUUCUAUGAAGUUAAAAGAAACGUUCCUGGAUCGUCCGCUACCACCUCUAGAGACUGCAGUAUAUUGGAUUGAAUAUGUUCUGAGACACGAAGGCGCCAGCCAUUUACGCUCACCAGCACAAGACUUAUCAUUUGUACAAUAUAUAUUAUUAGAUAUAGUAGUAAUUAGUGUAGCCGUUACAUUAGUCACAGUUUAUAUUCUCUAUAUACUGUUUAGAUAUCUAAGUAGAAGGUGCAUUCGAUGGUGGCCGAAAGAGAAACUUGUCUUUGAGAAAAGAUUGUUCAGACGGAACAGAAGUGUGUUUCAUUGCUUAUUUUGGAUAUAUAAGUUUAAGCCUAAUUAA